GUCCAGCUUGCCCUCGCGCUACUAGAGGUCGCGUUCUUCCGCUGCUCCCUUUCGUUCUGUCGGGCGGAGCCUUCCGUGAGCACGGCUGGAUUUGUCUGUGCUACCGUCUCUCUUCUGGGUUUCAAUAAAGUUUUCCUCUUCCUUCCUCUGUACGGAGCUCAAGAUGGCGGCCUCUUGGUCGCCCUUGGUUACCCUGCGCUUAGCGCCGAGCCGGCUGAGAGGAAGAUGUGUCCGGUGCAGGGCUUGGGCCGCUGCUCUCCCCACUUCGGUCACCGCCCCUGGAAACCCCUUUUGUAAAGCCUAUACAGUGCAGACAGCCAAGAGUAUGUCUCCAACUUCUGCUACAGAGGUUUCUUCAAAAGCUUUAGCUGUUUGCCAUGGACCACUGGACCACUAUGACUUUCUGAUCAAAGCUCGUGAGCUAAAGGACGAUGAACAUCAAAGAAGAGUCAUACGGUGUUUGCAGGAAUUACAUGAGGACCUUAAAGGCUACAGUAUAGAGGCAGAAGGCCUUUUUUCUAAGCUUUUUUCAAGGAGCAAACCUCCAAGGGGCCUGUAUGUUUAUGGAGAUGUUGGUACAGGGAAAACAAUGGUGAUGGACAUGUUUUAUGCUUAUGUGGAAAUGAAGAGGAAAAAACGGGUUCAUUUUCAUGGUUUCAUGCUAGAUGUUCACAAAAGAAUACACCGCCUUAAACAGAGUUUACCAAAAAGGAAACCAGGAUUCAUGGCUAAAUCAUACGAUCCAAUAGCUCCUAUAGCUGAAGAAAUCAGUGAAGAAGCAUGUCUCUUAUGUUUCGAUGAAUUUCAGGUCACUGACAUUGCUGAUGCCAUGAUUCUGAAACAGCUUUUUGAAAAUCUGUUCAAAAACGGGGUCGUCGUUGUGGCAACAUCCAACAGGCCACCGGAAGAUCUCUAUAAAAAUGGACUCCAAAGAGCUAACUUUGUACCAUUCAUAGCUGUCCUGAAGGAAUACUGUAAUACGGUCCAGCUAGAUUCUGGGAUAGAUUAUCGGAAAAGGGAACUUCCUGCUGCAGGAGAACUCUACUACCUCACAAGUGAAGCUGAUGUGGAGGCUGUCAUGGAUAAGUUGUUUGAUGAGCUGGCUCAGAAACAAAAUGAUUUAACUAGACCAAGGAUUCUAAAAGUGCAAGGCAGAGAGCUGCGGCUGAAUAAAGCCUGUGGAACCAUUGCCGACUGCACAUUUGAAGAGCUAUGUGAGAGACCACUUGGAGCCAGUGACUAUUUGGAACUGUCAAAAAAUUUUGAUACAGUAUUUUUACGAAACAUUCCACAAUUUACCCUGGCAAAGAGGACCCAAGCUCGGAGAUUCAUAACUCUCAUUGAUAACUUUUAUGAUUUCAAGGUGCGCAUAAUUUGCUCUGCAUCAACUCCCAUAUCAAGCUUAUUUUUGUAUGAACAUCAUGACAGUGAGUUGGAGCAAAGCAGAAUACUGAUGGAUGAUUUGGGGCUGAGCCAGGACUCAGCAGAAGGACUCGCUAUGUUUACUGGAGAAGAGGAAAUCUUUGCAUUUCAGCGCACAAUUUCCCGACUCACAGAAAUGCAGACUGAACAAUACUGGAAGGAAGGGGACAGAAGCAAGAAGUAGCCGUCACUUUUGCAUGAAUAAAACUCUGGGCAAAUCAUUACCGCAGGGAGAACUCUUUAUUAUGGGACUUGAAGGAAUCAUUU